UUUAUGGAGAUGUAGAAACUGUAGUAGCUAAUUUCUCUAUCAUGCUGCGUAAUCAGUUAACUUCAAUGCCGAUAGAUAGUGAUGAUGCAAGGCACAAAAUAAGUUAUCUAACUCAAUUAGAAGUGGAUUAUGAUCCUGGAUGGUUGUGUUUAACAUGUUUCAAAGACUGGCUGAUCGACCAAUUGCGCAAUUAUCAACGCUUAUCAAGCCAAGGCAUAGGUGAUGGAAAUUCAACGAAUAGUGGUUCUCAUCUUAUCGGUAAUCUUUUAUCAAUUGAUAAUCGAUCCUCUGUAAUGAAUCCUGAAUCAUCGAUAUUAUUUGCUGAAGAGUUUUACGGUGUUCCUCGAAUGGUGGGUAUGGUUAAGUCAGUGUGUCGCCUGCUCACUACUCAUGUCACACAGUUUUGGCGUCUGGGUGCUGCGUAUACGUCUGGGCAGUUGAAUUACAGUAAUCAAGCUCCUGGAAACACUAAAGUUUACGAUAAACUCGGUCAAUCGUCCACAAAUGAUCCUAAAGCAGCUUGGAUACAAAUUAACUUGGAGCUGGUUCAUGCUAUUUCCAAUCACAUGCGCGAUAGUGUUCUUGAAGCAUUCAGUAGUACAACAAAUGAAACAGCAUUAACCGAUUACUUAUUAGAAUGUAUACGAGAAUACAGGCAAUGUUGUAGUUCAUUACCAUUGACCGAGAUGCCAUCUGAUAUCAUCGAUAUAUUUGCUAAACUAGCCUAUGAUCUACGCAAACUUGCAGUUCGUGGGAUAUUUCUGCGUGCUCAACUGACCAUUGAAACAUUGCAAAUUAAAGAAAGAUGGGAUGUUGACAUAAGUGAUGCUGAUGGGGGAAUCACAAAGCUUCCCUUGCUGUACGAGGACAUUAUUGCAGACUCAUUGAUACUUUGUGAAGAACAAGUGUUUCCUAAGACAUCAAUGGAGAAACCACUUUUCGAUGCUGGUGAACUUCAAGAACGUUUUCCUGAAUGGUGCGGGAUCGGAAUGCUAAGUUUCAUCUCAGUAUCACAACGUUUAGCUGACCAAGUAGAGCAUACUGUUAAAAGAUCUCGUGAACAGGAUGACUCCUCAGAAUAUCAUCAAAACUGGUUGAAUCCACGUUCACCGAAUUUUCGACAUUCUGGACAAAAUAACAUAAUCUCACAGGCCAGAGGAUUACUGCUUAUAUUAAACAAUAUUGAAUGGGUUGCGUGUCAUGCAAAUUAUCGUCUACUUAAUCUGUACAAGUCAUUGGGUUAUGUUUCAGUUGAUCGAUUGCAAACCACUCUAAAUGAGGCCUGGGAAAAAGGCCGAAAAGAUAUAUCUUCAAGAUAUGUAAAACUUCGAAGUGAAUGGCUGUGUUUACCUCUUGAAUCUUAUUUACUCGAUGACUUACCAUCGCAGAAAAGAAUGGUUACUAAGAUGACCGAGGAUAUAAAUGCAAUAACUGGCCUUCAAAAUUCUUUACAAGAAGUCUUAGCAAAUUUAUCGCAUAUCUAUUCUGAGUUGAUUUUACUCAUGGGACUGAAAUCGAUUAAGUCGUUCCGAAAUAAUUCUUUAUCUGGUAAUAAUGAUAAACCAACUUGUUCAAUUGAUGUUCAGGAAAUUUUACAUCAAAUCAUAUAUUAUCUCAUAAAGAAUUUACACAGUCGUCUAGUUGAAAAAGGUACAACUGAAUUAUCGAAAUUAGCUCAAUUACAAUUAACACUUGAUUUGAAUACAAUGAAAACAAUUAUACCAAAUCAAUUGUUUACAAAGAAAUCAAACGAACUGUUAAAGGAAUUAUGCAGUCGUUUCAAUAUUGAAAUAUCUCCACCGUUGAAUCAUUUAAGCUUUGAAGAAUCAGAACAUUUAUCCAAAUUGCUUGAAAGAGAGAAAAUACGAAUGCGUCUCCUAAUCAGCGGUCUAUCUACGCUUCAGUCACAAGUAGCCUGUCGUUAACGCUUUAUUCGUGUACACGCGCUACACUUCGUGAUUUUAAUUUAUCUCUUCUCAUAUAAUUCCCCCAGAAUUCGCUUACUAUCAGUUCUGUGAUUGUUUCUGUGCAAUUCGGUUGACUUCUUUUUUUUUAAUCAACAUUUUUUAUACGCACUUCUGUUUAAGAUAAAUUAAAUACAACUCAUGAAAGAUAUU